GCGGGUGGAGAUUUUUGUCGCCACCCUGUGCUUUCAUCUUAGUUGUUGAUUUUGUGGUGAGGGAGAGUGUAGAGCUGAGCGGCACAGCCACUAGGAUUUACCCACGGCCGCCAUCUUCUCAAUCCCGCUGGACAGCCACUAGCUGCAUACCAUAUAGCCAUCUUCUCAACGCCAAAGUAAGCUACUUCACCGGCGCUGCCAGUCUCACCACCUUGUUUCAGGGAAUCUUAGAGAGAGAGAGAGAGAGAGAAUGGCGAUAAGAUGUACGGAUUUCGGGGUGAAAAGUUGGUUUGCUUCCAACCCUAGAAAUUAUGCUUCGAUAAAUGUUAGGAUUUUCACCAUCAGAUGCUCCUCAGGUGCCGCUGCCACCGCCGUCGAUAUCAGGAAAUUCUUACAGACCCUAGUUAUGCUGGUCAGUUCGUCUUAAUGACAAAUCCACAUAUUGGCAACACGGGGGUAAAUUUUGAUGACGAAGAAUCAAGUCAAUGCUUUCUUGCUGGUUUAGUGAUCAGAAGUCUAAGUAUCGGUACUUCAAAUUGGAGAUGUGCAGAGACACUUGGUGACUAUUUAGCAGAAAGGAACAUUAUGGGCAUAUAUGAUGUCGAUACCCGGGCCAUUACCCGUAGAUUAAGACAAGAUGGAAGCCUUAUAGGUGUACUGAGCACAGAAGACUCUAAAACAGAUGAGGAACUACUGAAAAUUUCUUGCUCAUGGGACAUUGUGGGUGUUGAUUUAAUAAGUGGUGUUUCAUGCAAUUCUCCAUAUGAGUGGGUUGAUAAAACAGGCUCAGAAUGGGAUUUUAACUCUAAUGAGACAGCUGGAGAAACUUUUCGUGUUAUCGCAUAUGAUUUUGGGAUCAAGCAUAAUAUAUUAAGACGUUUGGCAUCCUAUGGCUGUAAAAUCACAGUUGUCCCAUCAACAUGGCCAGCUUCAGAGACCUUAAAGAUGAAGCCUGAUGGAGUUCUUUUCAGCAAUGGCCCAGGAGACCCAUCUGCAGUUCCAUAUGCUGUUGAAACAGUUAAAGAAAUAUUGGGAAAGGUUCCUGUUUUUGGCAUUUGUAUGGGACAUCAGUUGCUUGGCCAGGCAUUGGGUGGUAAAACCUUUAAAAUGAAGUUUGGUCACCAUGGUGGAAAUCAUCCAGUUCGUAACCUUCGGAGUGGUCGCGUUGAGAUCAGUGCUCAGAAUCAUAACUAUGCAGUAGACCCUGCAUCACUGCCUGAGGGUGUGGAAGUGACGCAUGUCAACCUUAAUGAUGGAAGUUGUGCAGGCCUUGCCUAUCCUGCUCUGAAUAUCAUGUCUCUUCAAUACCACCCUGAAGCUUCUCCAGGGCCUCAUGAUUCGGAUCCUGCCUUCAGGGAAUUCAUCCAGUUGAUGAAGCAAGUAAAGCAAAAUGCCUGACCAAAAUCUUCACCAGGUUCCGUAUACAAUCAGGUGGGGUUUUGCGGAGAAUGAGUCUUGACUCUGUACUUGAGGUUGAUGACUUCUGCAAGCAGAAGGAAAUUUGUAUCUUAAUUCAUAAGUUUCAUGAUUUAAGCUGUUCUUGAAUGAUCAAAUCACCUUAAAUGCUGGCCUUUUUUUCUUUUUCAUUUGUUUGGAUUCUGCAUGUCGUUGGUCUAAGGUUGAAAAAAAACGCAAUAAGCCAUAUUUGUAGCUUA